GAGGACGCACCGUUUUCCCUCUUCCUGGAGCGUGAGCUGCAUCUCAAGCCGUUCAUCCGAACUUCCAGCCGAUCCUAUUCCCUGCUGGCGGAGGGCCCUAGCGGAAUGUUCCAGAGAAAGGGUUCCUACGAGCUCUUCAACAUCAGCACCAUUCCGGUGGCGGCUGCUGAAUCUACAGUCCGGCUUGAUCCAGCUGCAGAGGUGGUCCUGCUUCCAGUUGAUUUCUUCGGCCGCUGUCGCGAACAGUUUAGCUGGCUCCUUGUAGACUUGGUGCAAGUUCUGGAGCUGACCUUGAACCAGGGCUUUCGAAACGUCACCCUGAUAGAGCCGCUUCUCCACCAUGUGGUCGAGGAAGCGCUGUACACACAUCCAGAGCAGUGGGCGCAGCUCACGGCGAACAGGUCUCCGGAGGAUGCCAUGCGGGAGAUCUGUCAGCUUUCGAUGGACGACGAGACGUUUCGCUUCCACGAAGUGUUCGACGUUGGUCACCUCCGCAGCGAGCUUCGUGAUCUGGGUGUGCAGAAGACUGCCAGCUUCGAGAGUUUCCUCGAAGAGAACGGUGCAAUCGACACGCUGUUCCUUCUCAAUGCGGCGUUCCAGCCAGGAGGCGCCUGGGUGCAGAAGCUGUUUGCGGAGCCCCUCUUACACUGCGAGGACAACUCAAACUUCAACCGGGUCGUUAAAGUCUUUGACGGGCGCGAAAUCUUCGUGAAGCGACUGAUUUGCUUGUCCGCGGGGACGAAUGGCCCGGACUCCUCCGUGGAGCUCGAUGGGCCAAAGUUUGCCCGGGAGCUCCUGGAGUCUCUGAGGCAUGGAAAUCGCCUUGCCUUUCAACUCUAUUUCUGGAGUGGCCCA